UUCUCUCCGAUUCCUCUGUGUUCUCAGCAAUGUCGGACCACAAAGAUCAAGCCCCAAAUUCUCCAGCAUCUCAAUCAACUGAUAUACCGAUCAAUAAUACAGAGACUAUGCCGAGCUAUAGCAGUGACGAUGCUAUCCUGUUCAGCUCCAUGGACAAGAACGAGAAACUCAGGGAACUCCAGAGAAAGGCUUACUUUUAUGUUCUCCAUGCCUUCAGAGCAGAAUCUCCUGCAAUAUCCAGCCAAGGGAUUACUAUCGUGAAAGAACUGAUGAAAGAAUUGAAAAUUGACCUCAACACUCACCAGAAUUAUGAGAAUAUAAUCAAAGAUGAUCCAAUGGUCCAACAAUUGAGGAAUGUUUCAUUGGCGUCUGAUGAGAUGGAAAUGCAGAAACUUACUGCCGCUGAAGAACGGAAAAUUACUGGCGUAGAUGGCCAACCUCUGAGAAUCCGUAUCAAACCGAACAAGGACGACAUGGCCAAAAUUCGAGACAGGGUUUUAGCUCCUGCAAAGAUAAAAGAUGGAAAGGUUAUAGCUCCUGAAAAGAUACAAGACGAAGAGGCAAAACCGAGUUUUACUUCUGAGGAUUCACCUGUCCUAAGCUGGGGCCAGGUUUCUCCUGGGUCACUUGUUGGAAGACACGUCAAUAUACAAAUGCCUGACGAAGACGAGUACAUUGAAUUCCUCAUCACAGAGUAUGACGCAAAAACGGAAACUCACCACCUGGUGAGUGCUUUCAGCAACAAGGAUUAUGAGGACCCGUGCAACUGGAUUGAUCUCAGACAUGUUCCGGCAGAGGAUAUGCAAUGGCCAAAGAGCGAUCCUGGAUUACCAGUAUGGAAACGCCUUCUUAAACCAGGCGAAACUCUCUUGCACGAAACCAGUACAACUCGAAACAAGAAGCAACUUAAGGAGGUUGGCAAAACUAGCACUGGGAUUCCUAUCAUCAGAAAAGUUGAUAAGGGAAAGGCUAUCGUUGACGCAUAAUCUCCAAUGCAGUAGGAUGCUGAA